CAACACGCUCCAUCUUAAGACUGGAUUGCACUGUGUGGUGGGGCCAGCAGCACGCCUGUGACUUCAACACGCUCCAUCUUAAGACUGGAUUGCACUGUGUGGUGGGGCCAGCAGCACGCCUGUGACUUCAACACGCUCCAUCUUAAGACUGGAUUGCACUGUGUGGUGGGGCCAGCAGCACGCCUGUGACUUCAACACGCUCCAUCUUAAGACUGGAUUGCACUGUGUGGUGGGGCCAGCAGCACGCCUGUGACUUCAACACGCUCCAUCUUAAGACUGGAUUGCACUGUGUGGUGGGGCCAGCAGCACGCCUGUGACUUCAACACGCUCCAUCUUAAGACUGGAUUGCACUGUGUGGUGGGGCCAGCAGCACGCCUGUGACUUCAACACGCUCCAUCUUAAGACUGGAUUGCACUGUGUGGUGGGGCCAGCAGCACGCCUGUGACUUCAACACGCUCCAUCUUAAGACUGGAUUGCACUGUGUGGUGGGGCCAGCAGCACGCCUGUGACUUCAACACGCUCCAUCUUAAGACUGGAUUGCACUGUGUGGUGGGGCCAGCAGCACGCCUGUGACUUCAACACGCUCCAUCUUAAGACUGGAUUGCACUGUGUGGUGGGGCCAGCAGCACGCCUGUGACUUCAACACGCUCCAUCUUAAGACUGGAUUGCACUGUGUGGUGGGGCCAGCAGCACGCCUGUGACUUCAACACGCUCCAUCUUAAGACUGGAUUGCACUGUGUGGUGGGGCCAGCAGCACGUCUGUGACUUCAACACGCUCCAUCUUAAGACUGGAUUGCACUGUGUGGUGGGGCCAGCAGCACGCCUGUGACUUCAACACGCUCCAUCUUAAGACUGGAUUGCACUGUGUGGUGGGGCCAGCAGCACGCCUGUGACUUCAACACGCUCCAUCUUAAGACUGGAUUGCACUGUGUGGUGGGGCCAGCAGCACGCCUGUGACUUCAACACGCUCCAUCUUAAGACUGGAUUGCACUGUGUGGUGGGGCCAGCAGCACGCCUGUGACUUCAACACGCUCCAUCUUAAGACUGGAUUGCACUGUGUGGUGGGGCCAGCAGCACGCCUGUGACUUCAACACGCUCCAUCUUAAGACUGGAUUGCACUGUGUGGUGGGGCCAGCAGCACGCCUGUGACUUCAACACGCUCCAUCUUAAGACUGGAUUGCACUGUGUGGUGGGGCCAGCAGCAUGCCUGUGACUUCAACACGCUCCAUCUGAAAGGAUUUCACGUCAGAGAGGAGGAGCUGAAUGAGGAGAGCAUGCUUUUUGUUUUUGAGACGGAGUUCCCCUUGCACAGGCUGGAGUGCAGUCUCGGUUCACUGCAGCCUCCACCUUCUGGGCUCAGACAGGCUGUGUUGCCCGGGUGUGUCUCCAACUCCUGAGCUCAAGCAUUCCGACCACCCCCACCUUCCAGAGUCCUCCGGCAGGCUCACACCUGGGCAGCCUGGUCAGUUUGUGAGGCCAUGACCUGAAUCCAGCAUGGAAUGGGUGACAGAGUGGACCGUCCCUGUGCGGAGAGUGGAGCUGUGUCCUCCAGGGCCUCCGUCUCCCUGCUGCUCACAGCCCUUGUCCCAGGACCCCGGCCUAGGCCCAUCAAGAGGAGCCCCACAGGCCUGGCUGGGCCUCAGCCCCUCUCGGGGACUGGGCUGGGGUCUGCAGGGCUCAGCUGAGCCCAUGAGCUCCCAGAGCUAACCCCUGACCACCCAGGCGGGCAAAGGGCUGAUGUCGGUAGUCCCCAUCCUGGAGGGGCAGGCUCUGCGCAUCUGCUCCUGGCAUGGCACUGCAGCACCUCGCCCUCCUGGCUGGCCUUCUCGUGGGAGUCGCCAGCAAGUCCAUGGAGAACAUGGCCCAGCUGCCCGAGUGCUGUGUGGAUGUGGUGGGCGUCAACGCCAGCUGCCCAGGCGCAAGUCUGUGUGGUCCAGGCUGUUACAGGCGCUGGAACGCGGACGGGAGCGCCAGCUGCGUCCGCUGUGGGAACGGAACCCUCCCAGCCUACAACGGCUCCGAGUGUAGAAGCUUUGCUGGCCGGGGUGCGCCAUUCCCCAUGAAUAGAAGCUCAGGGACCCCCGGGCGGCCACAUCCUGGGGCUCUGCGCGUGGCCGCCUCCCUCUUCCUGGGCACGUUCUUCAUCAGCUCCGGCCUCAUCCUCUCCGUAGCUGGGUUCUUCUACCUCAAGCGCUCCAAUAAACUCCCCAGGGUCUGCUACAGAAGAAACAAAGCUCCGGCCCUGCAGCCUGGCGAAGCCGCUGCAAUGAUCCCCCCGCCACAGUCCUCAGGUAACAGCAGCUGUCGCAUCCCCCUGUGGGGUUUCCCAUCUCUGGGCCAGUCCCAGGGUGCUCUGUGGGUUUGUCCCCAAACGGGUUUGCCUGGCUCUGGAUCUCGGCCACCCCUGCCCGGGUCCCCAGGAGACCCACCCACAAGGCAGGGCCAGGGCCGGAUUUGGCCGGCGCCCCCUGCUCUGGAUCUCAGCUGGAUUUGGCCGGCGCCCCCUGCCCGCCCCCCUUUAAUCCCCGUGACUUCCAUGCUCUUUCCUGUUCCCGAGACGUGGGGUCUGCAGGAAAGGAGGACCCACCACGACAGGGCAGACCCCCAAUACCUGCUCCUCCUUGAAGUCCAGCUCCACCCGAGGACAGACGCAGCCGGCCUCCGCCAGGCCCUCCUGAGCAGCCAUCGCUUCAGUGGUGCUGGGUCAGGCGGACCCAAGAGUCAGCCCGUACGGAAGCCGCGCUAUGUCAGGCGGGAGCGGCCCCUGGACAGGGCCACGGAUCCCGCUGCCUUCCCGGGGGAGGCCCGUAUCAGCAAUGUCUGACCUGGAGGCCGAGACCACGCCACGCACUUGGCAGGGACCCGGAGGCCGACACCUUGGCGGGAACCAGCACAAAGUGUUGGCAUCGCCUGGCGCCCAGGACAGUCCUGGGCACAGCCUCGGCUCUGAGUCCCUCCGCCUCCCAGUGACGGAUGCCAAAGGGUCCCGGGCCGCCUGAGGCUCCUUCCCACCACAGCCAUCUCGUUUAUCGGACCAGGAGCAGGCAUCCGUGAGACCUCAGAGCUUCAGAUCGAGGCCUUGGGGGGUCCGGGCCCCCCCCCAAGGAAACACGGUGAGGCCCCAGCGCCUGCAGCCAAAGCUGGCACGAUCUAUGGGGCAGGUGCCGCUCUGCCUAGAAAAGCCAGGGGCUCUGCUGCCGUGCCCUCCAGAGCCCACGGCGGGCAGGACUCCUCCAGCACCACCGCACCCAGUGGCCCGAGACCCCUCUGAGAACAGUGAGGCUGGUCCUCGUGCCGUUCCAGCCGGUGCCCGGCCAGUGGGGAGGACGCAGCCUAGGAACCAGCUGCCUGAGACCAGGGUGCCUCUGGGCUGUCCUCCCGCGUGGCGGAGACCCCAAGCACGCAGCCACCCAUUUCCGGAGCUGCAGGAUAGAGCUUCCUCUUGAUCUCUGUUUUUAAGCAGAAAUUCAUUGUGCAGAAAAGUCCACCAGAGCUCUGCGGCCCCGCUCGGAUCCGCUGGACCCCCAUGUCUGGCUGAUCCCUGCCCACGUGGGGCAGGCCCACAUCUAACCCCCACAAGUCACUGCCUCACUGCACCUGCCAAGGCUGCCCUGGCGCUGAGUCCUGGGGUCCCUCCCGGAGUUCCUGGGAGAAAGGCGCCGUCGUGGCCGCCUCCCGCACGCCAGGCCCGGGCUCCACCGUGGGUCUCAGACGCCCUGUGGCACCGGCACUGUCUGCUUUAGCAUGGGACCCCCAUCUGAGGGGUGGCCUGGCCUUCGGGGUCCCCACGCUCCUUUGCGAAGUCCACUGUGGGUGCCAUCAUGGUCUCCGGGACCUGGGCCAGCGGGAACGUGGGGGCACUGGGUGUGCUGAUAUAAAGUCGGCAUUACUCAA